AGUGGAAUUAUGUGGCUCAGUUAACACGGUUCAUAAACUGUGCAGCUCAAUCAAGAAAGCCAUGUACGUGGGAACAGUGUGAGUGUAAAUAGAUGCCUGAAGUAGAAGAUGCAGUUCAAGUGGAAAAUGAUGCAGGCAGAUGAUUCUGGGAGCAGAGAACACUCACUGCAGAGGAAGAUGUAUUCUGUGCGGGACCCCUCACUGCCGUGCACCUCUCAACACUGAGAAUGGAUGGUCUGAGAAGAGGAUCAACGCUCAUCCUUUUCACAUAAGCCUUCCUGGACUGUGAUCAGUUGUGACUGCAGUUUGAAUUAUGGCUGAGGAAUGAAGUCUUGAAAUAUGCUGCAGAUUUAUUCUUCGUGUUGAAUGGAUGGCUGAUGGACAGGAUUGUUUCCGUUUUGCCCUCAUCUAACUCCUUCGAGCACAUGGUGUGUGCAGAGGCCUGGCUGAGUGGCAGCAAGUGCCACCAUGCACCAUUUAUUUGGGCUGGUUUUGGCACAAAGGGACCUUUCACGUGCAGGGGAUCUUUUCUCCUUGGAGGAUGCUGAAAUUGAAGGAAGCCUCUCUGAAGCUCUUGAACAAAUAAGGACAAUUAGUUCAUCUGCUGACUACCAAACCAAUGACAACGACCAGGCCGUUGUGGAAAUCUGCAUCACUCGCAUCACCACUGCCAUCAGGGAGACGGAGUCCAUAGAGAAGCAUGGGAAAGCCCUGGUGGCUCUCUGGGAGUCGUGUCUGGAGCACAAUCUGAAGCCUUCUGGCAAAGACGAGGACACGCCGCAUGCGAAAAUUGCAUCUGAUAUCAUGAGCUGCAUCUUGCAGAAUUACAGCCGCCCUUCGGUGAUGGCCCUGGCCGUCCCAGUGGCGGUGAAAUUCCUUCAGAGGGGCAAUAAGGAGCUGUGCAGAAACAUGUCGAGUUACCUCUCCCUGGCUGCCAUUGCUGAAGCAGAGCUGCUGGCUGAGCACACAGAUGCCAUUGUCAAAAGUGUCCUUCAAGGGAACUCGCUGCUGCUGCGUGUCCUGCCUGCCCUAUAUGAGAAGCAGCCACAGCCAAUGGUGCACCGCCUGCCCGAGCUUCUGGCACUGAUGGGCCACCUGCAGCCAUCCGAGCAGCAGCACCUCCUGCGGCUGCUCCAGCUCAUGGCACGGAGGAAAGAGCUCGGGGUGCUGAAAGAAUGUCUUCUGUGUCUGUUGGGGCUUGUGAGAGACCCCAACCAUAGUGACAUUAUCCUAAACAUACUGACAGAAGUAUCUGGCUAUGACCCAACGGCCUUGGCUGCGUUUCUUCCAGAGCUAAAAGAAAUUGGUGAGAGUUUCCCACAUUUGAUUGGGCAAACAGCGAAGAUCUUUGGGGCUGUUGGACACGUUGAUGAGGAGCAAGCCAGGAAGUGCCUGAUGUAUUUGGUGAACCAGCUGGCCAACAUGGAGCACUCUUUUCACCACAUCCUUUUGCUGGAAAUUAAGAGUCUCACUGACACGUUCUCUGGCAUCUUGGGCACCCAGAGCAGAGACAUCUACCGCAUGAGCAACAGCUUCACUGCCAUAGCCAAGCUCCUGGUCAGGCAGCUGGAGAACAGCAGCUCAGCAUCAGCCAGGACAGAAAAUGAUACAGACACGGUAUCCCCUGUGCCACUGGGCAAUUUAAAAUCUGUUGUGAAUGGAAAUGAAGAAGAUGAAACACUUCAAGAGAAAAUACAGGCUUUUGAAGAAAAAAUAAAUAUUGACACCAGUACCCCUGGCUCAGUGAGAAGAUACAGCUUAGGCCAGGUUUCUAAAGAAGAAAGGAAGGAUAUGAGAUUUAACAGGUCCAAGAGCCUGGCUUUGCAUGCAGUCCGCAUGAAGGGGGUGAACACAGACAGUGGGCGAGACGAGGAGAAUGAGGAUGUAACAGCUGGGAUCUCCUUCACCGAGAUCUACGACAGCCAAGAAAAUGACAAGUUGCCUUUCAGUGUCGAUGCUGAAGAAAUGCAACUGGGAAAUUCCUUGGUUUCACACCAGAGUAUCGAUUGCACAGAAUCAGAAGGUUCUCCAGCACCUGCUGGAGGAGAGGCCCAGGAAGGAAGCAUGGUGCUGGGGAAGGGUCCUGCGGAGUGCCACGACAAGCUCUACCUGCACUUGAAGGAAAACCUGGGUAAAGUGAAAACAUACGUCAUGGAGAUGGGGAGGAGGAUUCCUGUCCCUGACCAUUGUGUUAUUGAAGAUACCGUGAGAAGCUGUGUAGCAAAGCUGUUCUUCAGCUGUCCCCUGAAGGGCCACUACUGCCUCUACAGCAAAUCCAGCUUCACACUGCUCAGCCCUCAGCCUCCACUGUGGAUCCACAUCAUGUUCCUCUUCCAGCAGAGCCUGUUUGCUGAGCCUUUGUCAAUGCAGAGUAGUUCCGUGCAAGUCCUCAAGGCCCUAUGGGAGAAGACACAGCUCAAGGGGACGCACAGUUUUGAAACUGCCAUGAUCCAGUCUACAUUCCCACACCAAAAGGAUCUGGACCACGUGCAGAUGCACCUGGAAGAAGUGAGGUUCUUUGAUUUAUUUGGCUACAGCGAGGAAGCGGGAGCCUGGCAGUGCUUCAUGUGCAACAACCCUGAGAAGGCAACAGAAGUGAACCAGGACGGGCAGCCGCUGAUGGAAGGCAAGCUGAAGGAGAAGCAGGUCCGCUGGAAGUUCAUCAAGAGGUGGAAAACUCGCUACUUCACCCUUGCUGGAAACCAGCUGCUCUUUCGGAAAGGAAAAUCCACGACCCCGAUGACUGCCCCAUUGAGCUCAGCAAGGUGCAGAGUGUCAAAGUGGUGGCCAAGAAGCGCCGGGACCGCAGCCUGCCCCGGGCCUUCGAGAUCUUCACCGACAGCAAGAGCUACGUCUUCAAGGCCAAGGAUGAGAAGAGCACGGAGGAGUGGCUGCAGUGCAUCAACGUUGCUAUCGCACAGGCCAAGGAGAGGGAGAGCAGAGAGGCCACCACGUACCUGUAGGGCUGCAGUGCUGAGCAUCCCACUGCUCUGCACCCUCCAUGAGCUGCCCGGGGUGGUGGGCAGCUGCUGGGACAUGGGAGGCUGUGGGGUGGCUGUAAUGCUGCCAGAAGACCCAGUGCUGCCAUCCGUGUGCAGGUAGAGAUGGAGCUGCCACGUCCACAUGCAAAGUACAGCUUUUCCUUCAGGCUGGUCGCCUCCAAGCUGGGAGAUGUGGCUGGAAAGCAGCCCAGCUCCAAUCCUACGGCUCAGGUGUCCAUGGCCUUGGCACUGCUGGGAGCACCCCACGUCCCCGGGCUGCCUGCAUUCCUCCAUCUGCAAAACGAUCGUCCUCCUCCUUAUUUAACCUCAAUGCCUCUUACCUUUUUCCUGUCCCUGUGAAUAAAAAUCACAGCUGUUUCUCCCUUCAGGUCAGAGAUGGGGCGAUUUUAAAGAUUUAACAGUGCAGAAGAACAAAUUUAAAUAUUUAAGUGUUUUGGUUUCUUGCCACCUUCUCCCACUUUGCCCCCAUCUGUAACCAACACAAUUUUUAAAAACUGUUUUCCUUUUUAUUUUUUUAAUUACUUGCCUUCACUGUAAGCUUUCAGAAUGGCUCUAAAAAUGGAUCAUUUCAA